UCGCUGUCAAUGUCAAUAGAUUUGAUGGAGGACGGGUUUUUGACAGGUUUAUUAUCAACCAGAUAGCGUAGCGUUUGUUUGUUGCAUUAUUUGUUAUGCGUUUUAUUCAGCGAAGAGAAUAUUUUUCGUAAUAUUUCAAAAUAUCGAACUAAAAGAUGACUUCGGACGAGUCUGAUGAUGAACCGCUAUCCGUUAUAGCCGCUAACAAGAGGGAACAAGGUGAUGAAGGUACAGCAGCAGAGAUUACUCUGGUUCCAGUUAAAAAGAAAAAGAAAGUAACUCCUCCGAAGCGGCUUUCGAUUACUAUAAAGCUUCAACGGAAGAAGACUGACCAGCCACCAGUGAUAGAGCGGCCUGCGGACGUGUGGUUAUAUUUAAAAGACUUCAAUCCGGCAGGCCCUUACAGCUGUUUACUUUGCUCAGACUGGUUCAUAAACAGGUCGAAAAUUAUUAUUCAUUACGUCUUGAAUCAUAAGAAGGACUUUUGCGGUAUUUGUAGAUACUUUGUGCCUGACAGAGAUUCAUGGUGGAAACAUCAAAAGUUUCACACUCCUUGGCCCUGUUCCCAGUGUGUACAGAACUUUGAGACAGAAGCAGAAAUCCGGCACCAUCUGAAGACUGUUCACAAUCUUGUGCAUUGCAGACUUUGUCACUUUAGGGUCCUGGACGGUGAUCCAUACCACACACACUUGUUCCAAAAACACAACAUCAGUAAUGUGGCAAAUAAAGAUGAGGAAAACCUGUGGGAAUUAGAAUAUGAUGGCACCUCCAACUUCCAAUGUCUACUCUGUAAUAAACCGAACAUUACCACCAGAACAUUCUUCAACCACUACAUGGGGUACCACCAUUUCACUCUCAAAUGCUUCACACAUCUCAUCUCAGGCAGAGAUCCUCCAUUCACUGUAUUUGGAGCCGAUCUCAGACCGGAAUUUGUUGAGGAACAACUAAAGAAUCAUCCAAGGUAUGGCUAUGUUGAAUCUGACUUCAAACCUGCUGGCUGCCCUAUUGAGGCCGACCCAAGUGCUACCAAAGACCUGCUCAAAGUACUCAUACCAGAAAUUAAACAAGAAGUGGUGACAGCUGAUGAGACUAAGACUGAUGAUGGUCUGGAGAAGACAAAGGAUGAAGAUUAUGAUGAUGUGUACAAAAACUACAAUGGUGAUGAUGACUUUGAUGUCACUUCAUUGGAACUUGUAGCUGUACAGAAAUGUUACCAUGAUUACAUAAGUGAUAUUUUGUCAGAUAUCAAUGCUAAGGCGUUCUUUGAAUAUUCAGAUGUUAAUUACGAGAAGAUCACAACAGAGAUUACUAUGGAUAUAGUUUGUACUCUGUGUAGUGUGCGGUACAGUACAUUGUCUCUGUUCUCUGCACACAUGUUCAAAAUGCACUGCAUUAAGUCAUCCCCAAUAUUUUCGUGUAGAGUGUGUGUGACACCUUUCGAAAACCAGACUGAACUGGACAACCAUGUAACCAAUGAGUUGGGGGACUUUGAGGAUCUCUGGAUAUGUCAGUUUUGUGAUAAAGAGUUUGACGAUAGAGAGUCGACGCGGCGCCACUUGACUGAACACUGGGAUCUAGUAGAAUAUGACAAUUGUUUUAGUCCACAUUUAGGUUUCAAGUGUAGAUAUUGCCCUACACUGUUCUGGCAUGAAACAGACAGGGAGACUCAUCAGGUUCGCGCACAUUACUUUAAUCAUAAAGAGGAUUAUUACAAGUGUGAAACCUGUAAUGAGCUGUUUAGUGAUAAGAUUUGGUUUGUCCACCACUACAUAGAAAGGCAUAGCACUCCAGAGAAGACACCGCUGUAUCUCCUCAAGUGCUACCUCUGCUGUCUAGUACUACCGACUAUCGAGGAGAUGAGAGGCCACUUCAACUGUGAACAUCCUGAAGCAAGGAAGGUGUUCUGUUCCUUAGACUCCUGUCAAUAUAAACCUUUGAGUCAUAGAAAGUCUUUCAAAUUGCAUGUGCGGUCGAUGCACACGUCUCGCGCCCGUCCAGAACGCACGGCGGACUGUAGCGUGUGUGGGCGGGAGUUCAGUAGCUCGCGCGCAUGCGGGGCGCAUAUGGCGCAGGCGCAUGGCCCCGGCAAGUUCAAGUGCAAACUCUGCAGACAAGUGCUGCAUACUAUGGAUGAGAGAAAACUCCACUACCUAAUAACUCACCCGGGCCAGCAUCCGUUCGAAUGCAAUGAAUGUGGCAAGUCGUUCCAGUACAAGUCUUCUCUGUACAUGCACAAACAGGACCAUAUACCCAACAAACAGAAUUAUACCUGUACCUACUGCGGGAAGACAUUCUUGAAACGAGAUUCAUUUCGCGAACACGUACAAAUUCACGAGGGGCCCCGGCAUGCGUGCUCGUACUGUCCGAUGCGGUUCGUGCAACGCUCGAACAUGUUGCGACAUGAGCGCAGACAUACCGGAGAGCGACCGUAUGCCUGUCCACAUUGCCCCAGAAGCUUCGCUGACAAAGGAGCUUGUAAUUCUCAUGCAAGGACUCAUUUGAAAGAUACGUCUUACGCGUGUAUGUACUGCGGCAAGACGUUUGUGCAGAAGUCUAAGCUCACAUAUCACAUUAGAAAACAUACGGGAGAGAACUUGGAGACGUGUCCGGUAUGUUCCAAACUGUUCACAAGUGCGUGCUCGUUGCGUGAGCACAUGAAGAUACAUGAGCCUAAGAAGGAGCUCAUCAAGUGUCCCCUCUGUGACCGCAAGUACCAGGACGAGCGCUACAUGCUCCGUCACCUGCGCACGAGCCACACGCGCGCGCGCCACCCGUGCCCCAUCUGUAACAAGAUGCUCACCAGCCCCGCCGGCCUCCGCCACCAUGUCAUCACGCACAGCAAUAUGAAGACCAUACAGUGUAAAAUGUGUCCGAAAGCCUAUUCAGUGAAGAGGACGAUGAUCAAACACUUCCGACGUCGCCACGGCUUCAAGGGCACUGAACCCAAUAUAAAGGAGUUCUACACUAGACUGGACCCACGAGAGUGCAACCUUGGCCUCGACGAGCCUCUCAUGACCAGUAUAUUUGGACCUCCGAAGAAGAAAGUGGACGAACUAUUAAUGGGGAACUAUGUGACUCUAACUAAUAUGGCGCAGCAGACUCAACUGCCUGAACGGUUUCCUAUACAGGCUCCAGAAGGCGAAAAUGCGGAGGAUACACCUAAUGAACAUUCGCAACAGUCUAAUGAUAAUGAUAACGAUGAACAGUCACAAGAGAGUGAAAAAGAAGUUGGGUUUGCCCAACCAGACAAAGUCAUCAUAAAGGUAGAAGCUAAAGACGAUGAAGAAUUAGAACAAGAUACCGAACUAGAACCUACAGACUUCGUUAGUGUUAAAAUUGAACCUAUGGACGAUGAUCAAUGAUCUACUGAAUCAGGCAACUUGCCUUUAAAACAAGAUCCGUGUUGAUUGGUUGCUUUGGAAGAUGUUUUAAUGUGAUUGGCGGAGCUAUGACGCAUUUCUUUGGGCAACCAAUGAACGCGAGUGACUUGCUAAGACGUGUUGCCAAGUUUUCGCAUUUAAUUACUACCUAAUCUUAACAUCUGAUUCCUAUAUCUACGUCAACUGUUCUAAAAUAUUUUUAGCUAGUAGAAAUUCAAAUUCCAUUUAUCCAUAGUCUUCUUUUUUAACGCCAUACAGGUUUAUAAGCGACCUCUUUUUUAUAAGAAAAAUAUCGAAUAUUGAAUAGUUAGUAUAUUUAAUACGAUUAUUGUUGUAUGUGUUCGCGUUACAAAUGACACAGAUUCCUAUAUUAUUAGAUAGCUAGUUUAAAUUGUAUGUGAAAGUAGGUGUGUUGGUAGAUACGCUCAUUAUUUGGGGCGUAACGAAAUGUACUGGUAAUAUUAUCUAUUUAAAUUAAUUUGUUUAACUUUAUAUCAUGCUACCGAAGCGUCACGCGUUCAGACACUUGAUUGGUCAUCUUUUUAAGAUGGCAUAGUCUGAUUGGCUAUGACAUGUUUGAUUGGCCAAUGAACAGGCGUGGUUUGGGUUGCGUGCAGGUUCAAUAGUACGGUUUCAGUUUGUCUUGUUUAUGGACAAGAGAGUAAGUGUUAAUCAGUGUACAUGAGAAUGUUGCCUUAGUUGACUUUGUUAAUUUAUUCUCAUGUAUUUGUAUGUAAGACUUUGUUAAUUUAUACCAAUUGCAAUUUUGCACUACAUACUCUUUGGUUAUUGUGAACCUUUUACUGCCUACCUGUCUCGAUACAGAUUUUUUUAUAGAAUGUUUCUAUUUCUAAGAAAGACUAUUUUUAUUUUAUAUUAUAGUGUGUAAGGAAAGAUUUUUAUGUUGAUUUUAUGAUUUAGUAAAAUGCUUUAAUUAAAAAUGUAUAAUUAUUAGAAGUAACGUGAUUUUCAUCGAAUAGUUCAAUAUGGUUCGUUGAAUAAAGUAAUUAAAUGAAUUUG